AUAGUUUAUACCGCUAAUAAAUAACAUUUAUUAUAUUAACGCUAGGUACUCAGUAGGGGUAGGCAUAGUUAUACACGUGUACCGUGCAUGCAUCUACGCAUCAUAAUUUAUUUGUACGUAGGUAGAUAUAUAUUCGCGUUAAUAAGUACUUAUUUAAUCCGCGUAACGUGUGGGUAUAUUCUGCUUUCCAUUGCAUCGCACCGCGUACUUCGUUAUAUUUCUUUGCUCACUUCGGUACCUAUUUCAUUUUAAAUCAUGUCUAACGACAAGUUAACACUUUUAAACGCAAAGAAGGAAUGCAUGUAUAUGCGCAUGCAAUCUUUAGCUGACAAAUCUAAUGAUUUGUCGAUCGAAUUAGUUAGGGAAGAAUUUCUAUGUGAGUUGGAGUUAAUUGAUAAAUUGAGGUCUGACUUCGAAAGUGUUUUAGAUGAAAUAAAUAUUAUACAAUUAAAAUUAAAACCUACGCACGUUGUUAAUUAUCAGUCACUAAUUGCCUUCGAUGACUUGUACAGUCGAGUAAAACGCGCCGAGAAGAAAUUAUGUACGACAACUCAACCUGAUGUUAAGUACAGCAAUAAAAUAAAAUCUAAAUUAGCUCGUAUUGAAUUGCCCGAAUUUACCGGUGAUGUUAAAGCAUGGCCGUUGUUUUAUUCCACAUUUAAAAGCAUGGUUCACAACAAUCCCACGCUAGACGAUUCAGAUAAAUUGCAUUAUUUAACAUGUAAACUUAAGGGCAAGGCGCAGGCCGUAUUUAUUGGUAUAAGUCCAUGCGCUGAGAAUUACACACUUAUUUUAAACGCAUUAAUUAGUAAAUACGAAGAUAAACGGCUCCUCGCUAGUUCGUAUUUAGAUCAGAUAUUUGAACUCAAACCAUUUCAUUCCGCAACUGUCAAUAACCUUGAACAGUUUCUCGAUAAAUUCGCAACUUCAGUUUCCGCAUUAAAGAAUUUAAAAUUCGAUAGUCUUUCAGAUCUAAUAUUUUUAUAUAUGGCUUUAAAGAAAUUAGAUAAAGAAACCGCACACGCUUUCGAGUUAGACAACAGGGGCUCCGCUAUUCCACGUUUUGAUUCCUUGGUGUCAUUUGUUCGCGAUCAAACCAAAAUAUUGCAAAAUACUGUCAAAUCAGAAAAUGUAAAGAAGAGUUUGGACCGUCGGACAGAUGCGCCAUCGAAGUCGCUCAAGUCAACGCAUACCUACCUUAAUACCGCGUCAGAAAUUCCGCAGUCUAAAUGUCCUUUAUGCAAUGUAUCGCACGAACAUUUAUAUAAAUGUCCGGGUUUUCACAAACUUACACCUAACGAACGCUUUAAAUUUGUAAAAUCAAACGCUUAUUGUGUUAACUGUUUAAGUAUGAGGCAUCGCUUAUUUAAUUGCAAUUCUAAAAUGCAAUGUCGUAAAUGUCAAUUGAAACAUCACACUAUGUUGCAUUUUGAUAAUAAUUCCGCAUCGAGAGUGUGUGCAGUCGAUUCGCCGCUUACGCCUAUCGCGCCGCACACUAGUGUGACCGCGCGCGAAUACAAUAGCGAACGGCUCGGGGAGUCCGCUGCCGCGCCGGCCGCGCGGGCGCUCCCGCCCGCUACUACUCGCACCGACGAUGUUGCGCUGUGCGCUCUCUCGCACAAUAAUAUUCCGCCAGUGCCUAGCACUGUUUUACUCGCUACUGCGCGCGUUGUUAUUGUUGACGCUCAUGGAGUUGAACAUUAUGUUCGUGCUUUAUUAGAUAGCGCUUCUCAAAGUAAUUUUAUUACUAGUGUGUGUUGCGACCGUUUAGGAUUAAAUUGUCGUAAAGAACAACGGUGCGCUGUUAAAGGUAUAGGAGGUGCCGCUAAAUUUACCCAGGGUUCCGUGAAUAUUAAAUUCUUUUCUCGUUUUAAUAAAAAUAUUAAUUUUGAUAUGGAGUCAUUGGUAGUGGAUAAGGUGACCGAAUUAUUGCCGACCGUCUCGGUUGAUACUUCGCUGCUGACUUAUUUAAACGACUUACCUCUGGCUGACGAUACUUACGCCGUCCCUGGCGAGAUUGACUUAUUAGUUGGCGCUUCUAUUUUCCCUCACCUUUUGUUGUCGCACAAGGUCCAAGGACAACCCGCUCGCGUCGCUCCACAUGCAUUAGAGACCGUAUUAGGAUACGUAAUCUUAGGUUCCGCGCCCGCAUUUAAUCAUACUUGCGCGUCAGUUUCGUACUGCUGUGCAGUUGAGCCGCUAGAAUCGGUGAUUCGAAAGUUCUGGGAGUUGGAAGAAGUGGUAGUUCCACCCAUUCUAAGUCCUGAUGAUAAGGAGUGUGAAGAAAUUUAUACUCGCACUACCACCCGCGAAGAUGAUGGUCGUUAUACCGUCGCGCUUCCCUUUAAAGGGGAUGUAUUUAGUCUCGGCAAUUCUCGACGAAUAGCUGAGAAAUGUUUUUUCUGUUUAGAACGGAGAAUGCAGGCUUCGCCUAAAUUAAAGCAAGCCUAUGAUGAUGUCAUACACGAAUAUUUACAAAAGGGUUAUAUCGCAAUCGCACCUCCGGACAUAGGUGAUAUUAAUACCGCUCCGUCAUAUAUUAUACCGCACCAUGGGGUUAUUAGGGAGGAUAAGCUUACCUCUAAACUACGAGUCGUGCUUAAUGGUAGCGCAAAAACUAGCACAUCGGUUUCCCUUAACGAUAUUCUUCAUAGUGGACCCAAUCUACAGAGCAACUUAUUUAAUAUUAUUUUUAACUUUCGUUUAUUUGCCGUAGCCCUUUCAGCGGAUAUUAGACAAAUGUUUCUUUGUAUAAAUAUACGCGAGUGCGACCGUAGAUUUCAACGCAUUUUAUAUCGUUUUACGCCUGAGGAACCCCUGCAGGUUUAUCAGUUUAACCGCGUCUGUUUCGGUCUUAAGUCUAGUCCGUAUCACGCGCUUCGGACGAUAAGGCAACUUGCGUCAGAUGAAGGCGAUUCAUUUCCUAAAGCUCGGGAAAUUAUUGAAACCGGGUUAUAUAUGGAUGACUUUGUUUACUGCGUCGACAGUGAAGAUGAAGCCAUCUCCACCGCCGCUCAGGUUAUUUCUCUUAUGAAGGCCGGGCAGUUCGAUCUCGUAAAGUGGACGAGCAAUUCGCAAACUGUAUUAGAUUCUAUUCCGCCCUCACAUCGUCUUUCAUCCGUAAAGGAGUUUGAUGAUUGUGAUUCGCAUAAAAUUCUCGGUCUGUGUUGGUCACCUAGGUCAGAUUCAUUUAGUUUAAAAAUUUCUGCACCAGACGAGACAUGUACGAAGCGUACCAUACUUUCCUGUGUUGCGCGAUUAUGGGAUUUAAUGGGGUUUGUAGCUCCGGUAAUAUUAUAUGCCAAGCUCCUCAUUAAGGAACUUUGGUUAAUUAAUUGUGAUUGGGACGAGGUCCCACCUGAGAACAUUAUUAAGUUGUGGCAGCGCUUCAGGGAGGAACUUCCCAUUCUUGAAUCACUUAAGAUACCACGCCAUGUGGAUAUUAGGCCGACUAGUGUAGUGAACGUCAUUGGCUUCGCUGACGCAAGUGAGAAAGCUUACGGCGGCGUUGUAUAUUUUCACGUCGAAAAUGAUGGCGUUAACACAGUUCAUCUAAUCUGCGCAAAGUCUAAAGUUGCGCCUCGCAAAGUUGUAUCACUCGCUCGGCUUGAAUUGUGUGCCACAUUAGUUCUCGCGAAAUUAAUAAGUAGCAUCAUUGACGCUUGUAAUAAACGCCACAAUAUUAAUAAAGUAUACGCGUUCUCAGAUUCCACAGUCGCUUUAUGUUGGAUUCACUCCUCGCCGCACAGGUGGGAUACGUUCGUGGCUAAUAGAGUUUCUAAAAUUCAAUCUUUGUUACCUCCGCAAAACUUUUAUCAUGUGCCCGGUAUAGACAACCCAGUGGAUUGUCUAUCUAGGGGACUUUCUCCCGCACAAAUUCUUAAUCAUCCGCUUUGGUUUCAUGGUCCGUCCUGGACAUCGUGUAGUCCGUCGGAAUGGCCCAUUUCCGCUUUCGAACCGUCUACGGUUUCAGAACCGCCAGAAGAGAAGAAACACGCUUUAGUCGCUUCGAUUCCGCGUCAAGAAUCGGUAAUUAUUGACUUGGCCAAUAAGUUUUCCUCUUGGUCCAAGUUUUUACGCUGCGUUGUAUACGUUUGUCGCUUUUCGAAAUUAUUACCCUUGCGUGAUAAUAUUUCCGCUUCAGAUUUAAAUUUCGCAGAAAAUAUAGUUGUUCGGGAAUUACAAAAAAUGUUUUUCCGAGAUGAGUUAGUUAAACUACAAGCCGGAAGGAUUUGUAGUCGUACUUUUCAACGACUUAAGCCAUUUUUACACAAUGGUCUUAUCCGCGUAGGUGGUCGUUUAAGCCACUCUGAUUUAAAAUUUGAUCAAAUGCAUCCCAUUGUUUUACCGCGCAAGCAUCAUAUUUUAAAUUUAUUGGUUGAUUAUCACCAUAAAGUUAAUUGUCACGCUGGUCCCGACCUACUUAUGUCUCUCCUGCGUCAGAAGUAUUGGAUACUCUCUGCACGCAGCUUAAUUAGAAAUAGGGUACAUAAUUGUCUUCCUUGUUUUCGUCUUCGUCCGAAACAAAUAUUUCCGGAGAUGGCAGAACAUAGGCCUUGUCGAGUAUUAGAAUCCGCAAAACCGUUUGUACACACGGGUACUGAUUACGCAGGUCCAUUCAAGGUCACCCUCACUCGCGGUCGUGGUGUUCGUGCCACCAAGGCAUACGUUUGUCUUUUUGUUUGUUUAACAACUCGCGCUGUACACAUUGAACUCGCCGGCGAUUUAAGUACCGCUAGUUUUCUAGCCGCGUUUAAACGUUUUCUUUCGCGUCGCGGUCCCAUCAGUAGAAUGUAUUCGGACAAUGGGACGAAUUUUAUCGGUGCCAAGCGUACGAUGACGGAACAUCAGAAAUUUCUGAGGUCUAAAUAUUUUAAGACCGAAUUUGGUCACAUAUUGAGUGAAAAUCGGAUCGAUUGGUCUCUGAAUGUACCGACUGCGAGUCAUUUUGGAGGCAAUUGGGAGGCUAACAUCAAGAGCCUCAAAUCACAUUUAUUCCGCGUAAUAGGCGAGCAAAUUCUUACUUUUGAAGAGUUGAGUACCGUACUCACUCAGGUAGAAGCAGUAAUGAAUACCAGGCCUUUGUACCGCACUUUAUCUAGUGACCCGUCAGAACCACUAGCUUUAACUCCAGCCCAUUUCUUAAAUUUCACCCCGCUUAAAUUUUUACCGACCAAGGAAAUUACUGAUAAUCGACUUAAUAUGCUUUCGCGUCAUGAUUUACUUGACAAAUUGUUACAAUCCUUCUGGAAGCGAUGGAGAGCAGAAUAUCUGCAUACAUUGCAAUCUCGCGUUAAAUGGAAUACGCCUUCCAACCCUAUUCAAACAGGGACCGUAGUUAUUUUAAAAACAGAUAACGCACCGCCUCUUCACUGGCCUCUUGGGCUCGUUGAAGAAGUAUUUCCGGCGACUGAUGGCGUGACUCGCGUCGUCCGCGUUAAAACCGCGACCGGGUCGUAUUUACGUCCAGUUGUUCGUUUAUGUCCUUUGCCCAACCAAUAAUAUAUAAAAUUCGCAUUUAAAUAAUUUAACUUUAAUUUAGUUUUUGUUUUGAAGCCGUCCCUUCAAGCCCGGGGGGAAUGGUUGCGCCAUAUUUCUAAUUCAUUCUUUAUAAAUUUUAACUUCGCAUUUCCGGUCGCGUCAAUCCCAAUGAUGUCUUUUUUAUUAAUAAUUAGGUGAUACGACACGUACAUUUCCUUACCGCAUCCCUUUCCCGCACAUACCUUUCCAGCGAGCGAGAGCGAGAGCGCUUCGCUGGGAAUUGGUUCCGCGAGUGCCCGCGCGCCGUACGGGGUGCGGGUGCAAAAAACACUUUUUGUUCGCGCCCCGCAAUGACAUGGACACGAUGACGUCGCUCGCAUAAUUAAUUGAAAAUUAUCGGUCUGUGAUGUUAUUUCCUUAAUUAACUUCGUGUGACUGUGCAUAUCAUAGAUAGUGAAGUUUAGUAUAAGUGGUCGCCGCAAGCAGAAACACGAAGCCGCCAGCAUCAACCAGCCGAACCGCCGCCGCAGACGCCGUAAGUUACUUCGAUGGAGGAUGGUGGUAGUUCUAUGGUGCCUACUCCUGGCCGUGGCUGCUGAGGAGGCGCCUCCAGGACUCGUCUCCAAGGACAGCGAACAAGACCUCGUCGCAGAAGCGUCGCAUACAGGAACCCAGACACAGAAGCGGGAAGCGGGUGGACUGUCAAAUUCGUACGGGGAGCCGCUCCCGCCGGACGCGUAUGGCCCUCCACGGGAGAUAUCUAAUAUAAUUCCAGAUCUCCAACUCCCCGCGCCGAUCUACGGAGUGCCGCUCCCGAACGUGCAAGAGACCCCACCAGGCGCCUACGGACCUCCAUCCCCUGUGGUCUUCCCGGAUCAGAACUACGAGGGACCCCCGCCACCAAUUAGCAGGCCAAAACCCUUAUACGGACCACCAAAGAGUUACGGACCACCGAAAAGCUACGGCCCUCCGAAAUUCCCGCCGAAGUUGGUGUACGGACCUCCAAAGAAGAUUUAUGGGCCUCCGAAACAAAGCCUACCAAAGCCGACUUAUGGAGCGCCCUUUAAGAGCCCGAAGGUGCUGUCAAAGCCGUUUGGAAAGCCGAUUUAUGGACCUCCGAAAUUGAAGCCGACGUAUGGGCCUCCAAUUUUAAAGCCGAUACCGUUGGAGCCCCCACCGCCAGCGCCAACCGUCACCACUAUAGAGACGAGUGUCACCAACUUUGGAAACGUUGGGGCCAGUUUUGGAAGCUUCAACGGCCUGUCAAACAUUGGAUCAAAUAUUGACUUAGGUUUGAAUCUGCCAGCUCCUAUUUACGGCACACCAAUAGUUUCCUUACCAGUGGACUUGAAGCCCAACUUCCCAAUUCCUGCAGAGACUUAUGGACCUCCAGGACACUCGCUGGGCCCUAUAGGCCCUAACGACCAAGUCGUGUUACAAGACUUUUCGAACGUGGGUCAUUAUGGGCCACCGCAGCCUGAUCCAAAUCCACGACCGCCGCAUCCAGGUAUACCAGCGCCUCCUACCCCACCCCACGUGUUAUACGACGGUUGGAAACCAAUCCCAGGUCUGUCCUACCCAGUGGGACAUGUCGAGGAGGUAUUAAACUUAGGAGUUAGUGAUAACUAUGGUCCGCCGCCACCUCCACCGGGGCAAGAGAUCCACGUUCAACAUCAAAUAGGUCUGGACCAACUAUCGGGUCAUAUAGGCUUAGACCAACAGCUAACAAGUCACAUAGGUUUGGACCAACAUUUGACAGGUCAGUUGGACUUUAACCACGGCCUGGAUCAGCAGAAUCACAUCAGCUUUGACCAACAUUUGCCAAACGUGAACCAAUUGCAGUCCUUCUCGAACGCCCAAAUCGCUUCAGGGUAUUCCAACGUCCAUCAAGACGCGUUAGCUCAUGUAGACUUAGGGUCCAUUGUUGGAGGUGAUUCUAACCACAUAGAUCAAUCUAAAACGGUCUUCGAAGCGCAUUAUACCGAAAACCAGCAUCCACAAAGCGACCUCGCGUUCGUCCAAUCAGCUAUCACUUUAGAAAAACCCGCUGACUCUUACGGCGCCCCUCCUUUAGAUUCCCUUUCUGGUGGACCUUACCCUGCUUCGUUAAGACAACAGGGAGCUAAAGGUCUCGUCCCGCCUUCAGGUGUCUACGGAGUUCCUCCAGGAAGCCAGUACGGCGCACCACAUAAACCUACCAACCUUCCCAUACCCUACGGCUCGUUCUCUGGAGGUGGUCACUCCAUCCACACUGGCGGAAAUACUCCCAAACACCCAGUGAAGUUCAGGGAAUCGGUACCCCAAGGUUUGUUAGAGCAUAUAGGGCAGACCACGCAUGGAAAAGACACCCACGGCAUUAAUCAUCUUACUCAGGGUCCAGCGUAUCUCCCCCCACCGAUUAGGGACGCGAAGGACGUGAACCAACAGACUUCUUUAGGUAUAAAUCUGUCGAUCGAACCUUCUAGUUUGUACAGUUUGCCCCACGCAGGCAGUCCUUUAAACUUCCAAUCACAACCUGGGAACUUAUAUGGAUCUCCUAUUGACUCUUAUUCAGCACCUUUAUUAACCGUAGGAGACCACACAGCUUCCGGAUCUUCGAAUAACGCAAUAACUACCACUUUAGAUGGGACGAUUUUGGCUAAUCUCUCUAGUUUGGAUGCUGCAGCGAUCUUGAAACACUGUCCGUAUCACGAAGCUAUUUUUAAAGCAGCUAAAUAUGGAGAGAAGAUACCUAUAGAGUUAGCCAACAAGUACAUGGCAAGUCUUCAUUCUCUCGGUCAUCAUUUGACUAAAACCCAUUUUAAAGAUCAGGCGACGUCGCAAACGAUCGUUCAAGUGAAAGACCAAACCGCAAAAUCGAUAAGAGAUGCAAAUAUCGACUUUAAGAACGAGAAAUUACAGUACGUUUCUGAUCAGAUAUUGAAAACGUCAGAAAAGAUUCGCAACUUGAGCGAAGAGACGAAGAAUUUGCAGCAAAAAUUAACUUCAAACAAUCUGAACAAUGUGCAAUUCGAAAACGAUAAGAACCAGUAUUCCGUGCAAAUUGAGGCGUCGGGGGGGAAGAAGGGGAACCCAGCUAUCCCCCACGAUCAGUUAUUAUCCGAAGGUCUUCUCCAAAGCAUUCUGCAAGCUAUAGAACAACCGGGACCUAACCAGAGUCAAAAGCAAUUCGGAUCCAGUCAGAAGCAAGUGCACUUUCCAGACCAGAAUCAAGUCAAGGUUCAAUUCCCUGAACCAGUUUACGAUGGCCUCGUUCUCCCCGCUGGCUACGAACCUGUAGACAGAACUAAAGAUCUAGCACCUCAAGGCUCUGAGGUCAAACAUGUAGAUUGUGUGAAGGCGGAAGGCUCAGCGAAAGUUGAGGUAGUAGUCCCUCCGCCGGACAAAGUAAACGAUAAUGAAGUAGCAAUAUUUUUUGAUAAGGACAAAGAGCCUGUAACUGAGAUAUCAGUAGCGACCAGUAUAAGCGAGAAGGAGUAUGAUUUUGGUAAAAAAAUCUGAGUCUAGUCGGUGAGCUAGUGGGCGAUGAAACUUCUAGAAAUUACGUAUAAAUAAUUUUCAUUCUUACUUUGGUAAAAUUAUUACUACACAGUCUAAUAUUGACCAACGGAAAGUGGGUCUUGGUUUGUGGAUAUAUGAUUGCUAGAGCCCAAAUACAUCUGUAUACGAUAAUAAUGAACUAAGAAUAUACAACGUUGCACUGGUACAUACUACCAGAGCAAAUUUUUUUAUUGCUUUGAAUGACGAGACGAGCUUGCCGCUCGCCUGAUGGUCAGCGAUACAAUCCAUAAACAGUAGAAACACCAACACCUUGAAUUACAAAGUGUUUGGUAUUCCACUGCGCUCGUCUGAGACAUGAGAUGUUAAGUCUUAUGUCCAGUAGUUUUCUUUUUAUAAUACACCUAAUAUUGAAGGCUCUCUCUUGUUUAGCAUUUGAGAAAUUACUUUUGUAUUUGGUCGCCUUAUAUUAUAUUUGACGAUUAUAGUUAACUGAUAGUGAAAUAAACAAUAGAUACGCAUUUGCGAUUGCCACGAUUUGUGGUGUAAGCUAUAAGUUUUUAAUUAAUAGUUGCGUUUUAUUAUUGCUUCAAGGUAUUCGCCCACUAGCGCCAUCAUUCGAUAAAUCGCGCCAUUUUUUUAUUUCGAAUAUUUAAUGUUUUAAAUUUUCGAUAAUUUUAUAGUAAUAAGAUUUAAUAUAAAAUAAAUAUUGUAAAAUAUAGCCAAAUAAAUAUAAUCGUCUUAAAAAUGUCCGUCGAUACGUAAACUUGAAUUUAGCCGAAUUUCAUCGAGUGUAGUGUUAUUUUCAAAGAUAAAUAUGUGGUUUCCUUUAGUAACGCCAUUUCCUUUGCCUUCGACAAGGAUAAAAUGAAAUGACAAUCAUUGGACACUUAACCAUUAUUCGUUAAAUUAUCUCUUUGUUUUUUCCACUUUGUACCUUAGCAGGAACAACUGCUCUAAGGUUUAUAUUGCUACUUCACUAUUACAAGGUUCUAUGUUGAUUAUUUUUAUGGUGCAAAAAUGAGAUUUAAAUAUUUAAUGUUGGUAACAUUUAGAAAAGACAUUUUGUUCAUUUCUUUCAUUCGUGUUUCCCCCUUUAGUUAUCUUUCCGUAUUGGAUUUUUUUAUUGAAAAAGACUAAGAAUUAUGUUAUAUAUAAUUCAAUUUGCACUUCAAAUAAAACAUAGAACAUUGUAAUAGUAAGCUAGCAAUAAAGUAGCAAAAACUGUAUUUGACUUCACAGAAAACUAAAUAACAAUGGCUGUCUUUGUCGUAUAUUGGAUAAAUAUAUAAAAAGACAGUAUCUAGACUUGGGCGAAAUUAUUUUAAUUGUAUGUAAUAUUGAACAACUUUACGUGAUGAUUUUCGCCCAAUAAUUAAUGAAGAUACCUUUUAUAUAACUAUGUUAGAUAUAGUAUAUUGUGGUGUUUGAAUGUGUACUAGUAUGUGAUUCCAUCUGCUAUAUUACUACUUGUAUAAAAUAAUACUAAUCAACAUUGUGCAGGCAUUGUAAUCUACUUUAACAUAAUAUCCAAAUUACCAGUAUAACCUAACAAAAUAAAAAAUAUCGCCAUGUUGCGGUUAAAUUUGGAACUAAUUUCUCGUACCGACAUUUUAAAGACAAAAAAAUGGGGCGCCGCCCGUGCAGGUUUUAUUGUGUUAGUCAGACUAAACUGGUAAAUUUAAUAUUACGUCAAAUUGGAUAUUUUGCUGGUGGUAGGAUAUAUUUUAUGUCCGUCCGGAUAGACUCCACUCUACUUACCAUCAGGUGCAGUGGCGUCAGUUUAUCAUACAAAAAUAACUUGGCAACUGAACUCUAAACUCCAAACAGAGUGCAAUGCAGUUAUGUAAAUUUUAGGAACACGCUAAUAUACAAAAUGUACAAUAGUAGUGUUUUUGAAUGUAAAAUUAAUUAAACACGUAAGAAAAUAGCAGUUAUUCAUACUACUACAUAUUCAAAUGAUUCGUUUUUAUACUUGUAACAGUUCAAAUGUAACUAGCGCCAUCUGUUGAAUUUGAGACACAUCCACUGUCUGACAGGACGCUUUGGAUGCGUCCCAAAUUAUGGAAUUAGGUUAUUUUAUUUGUAAGCGCAGUAUUUGGGAGAAUGUUUCACUAUUUAUUGUUGUGUGUGUAUUUAAGUACAAUUAGUACAAAUAUGUUUAGUGCAUGUACGGAAAUAAAUUAUAUUUUCAGAU